AGCUCGCCACUCCAGGGAAAGUUUGGUGGUGCCGUUCUGUCGGCUAUUUCAAUUGAUGCAGACAAUGGGAUGUUUCCUAUUGUCGUUUACAUCUGCAGGAGUACAUGUGUUUAAUACAUGGAAUAAAUUUCUUUCUCUAAUUGCACCUUUUCUGAAAAAAUUGGAUAGGCGAAUUACAUUUUUUUUUCGAGAUUUGACCGCCAUGCAAAAGGUGAGACAUCGUAUCCUCCUAUGUAUUGAUUACUAUGGUAGCAAUCAUGUUUUAAAUUGUUCUAAAGAACUUGAAUGUUUUUCUUACAGGCUGCAAUCUGGCUGUUGAGGUGAAUUUCGUGAAUUAUACUCAAAGACUUUGCACUGAUCAAUUGUUAAGGGUAAUGAGGACUGCGAAUUUUGGACAUGAGUUUUACCAUUACGAAGUGGUACGUGCAGCAGCAAAAGCUUAUAAUUACCAAGGUUUUAUAAGUGCAAUGGAUGACCUCAAAAAAAACAUGUCCAUUGGUAGUGGAGUGGUUGCAAACAUAUGACAAAGGAUGGGCUAGGCAUCAGUUUGACGGUGCUGCCAAUUGCCGGCACGUGUCAAACAUCCUAGGUGCAACAUUCACCCAGUGGGUAAAAAAGUUUAGGUGUUUGCCCAUACACAAGUGGGUAUUGAGGUAUGAAGCUCUGCUAUCUGACUUGUUUGGAAAGAGAUCUCGUCGACUUUCCUCUUGGCCUCCUUCAGUUCCUAGAGCGUGGAAAGCGGUAAAGAAACAAAGACGGAAUGUAGCGGGAGAAGGGUAUGUUGUCCACUCAACGCUAACCCAAGAUGUAUGGUCCGUGGAGGAGAAACCGCUUGUAUCUCCUUUUAAAGUUGAUUUGAAACGACGAAUGUGCUGCUGUGGAGAAUGGCAAGUAGCAGGGAUACCUUGUCUCCACGCAAUGGCCGUUCUUGUUGAAAAAAGACCAAACGAUAUUGAUAGCUACGUUGACGAGUGCUUCACUGUCGAGAAGUAUCAAGCAACAUAUGCCCAUUCAAUAAAGCUAACGGCCAGUAUGGAGGGGGAGGGAUGCCAACAGGAACCAGGAAGCAUUGUCCAUCCACCACCAUUAAAGGAUGCUAGAAGAAAGGGUUUCAACUAAAGUAGACCAGUCGAAGGACCGCGUGGGCGGUUGUUGUGUACCUACGAUAUGUCGAAUUUGUUAAGUCGUACGUGUUGAACAGAUGAAUGAAAAGGUAACUCACCAGAAAUUUAUUGGAAACAGUUAAACUAUGUUGUUUCUUGAAACCAAAUGAUGAUAUGAUAUGAUACUAGAAGAAGAAAUUGGAUUCAGUUGGUGAUCCCAGUCAAAUGCAAUCUUUUUAAUUGGGUUAG